AUUGUAAAUUGCAUCAGAGAUUACAUCAUUUAGAUUUUAAUUAAUACAUGCUUAGAUACUGUGGGAUACCAAUUAUGUCCCAGCCAGGAACUCCUGAGGAGACGAUCCAAGAAGGAUGGCUUUAGACCAACUGUGUGAUGUUGUCCAAAGAUGUCAAACAAUCGAAAAUGAUUUGUAUACCCCAGAGGAUUAUGAUCUUUUCCAGUCCUCUGCUCGAAAGUGUAUAGAAGACGGUGACAUUGCACAGGUUCUAAGCAUUAUAGUGGAUGAGAAAAACAAGAACAUAGUGAGAUGCAUGGGCUGGAAUCUUGUGGGCCCACUUGUGCAGGUUCGGCUGAAGAAUGAGGAAAAUAAUCUACCUCAUAGUCAUGCCAUUCUCACACAUCUGCUGGAGAUUUGCAGUUCCAAAGAGCUUCUGGUUAGUUUGCUGGAGCAGGUGGAGGCAGCCAACCAAGAUGCCAUCACAGAAACUGUGAUGUUUUUGCUGCAACCCCUACAGAAAGUGCUGUUGAACUUUGGCAGGAAGAAGGCUACCUUCCUAGGCAUGACACUUUCAACAUUGUUGGACCAGAUAGCUCGACUCCCAGUUUCCUCAAUGACAGAGCAGCAGGAUGAUGCAGCAGGCUUGUGCCGAUGGUGCUCUGGGCUUCUGUGGUUUGUAAAACCCUUUGUAGAAGAAAUCAAGCACAAUUAUCACAGUGGAGUUGUCCAUGAUGAGGAGCUGAGAACGGAAAUCCUGAAGUUCUGCAUGAAGACUUUGAAGGAGCCUCUUCUUGGAGUACAGUUCACUGAUCCUGACCAACUUGAAAAUUCUUUUCUUUGCGAGUUUUCGAGAGAGAUCUUGGUCAUCCUCUGUGGUAUUGGGGAACCUCUUCCAGAACUUUUGUGCCAUAAAUUGCUUAAGAAGCGUGAUGUCCCUGGGUUCCUUGAAGAGGAAGUCAGAUACCCUAGGGAGUCAUUGGCCAAUAUUGCAUACCUACUAUUUGUGCACCACAUUGGCAUAGAGACAUUCCCUGUUGUUCUAAGCGUGACUCGGCCCAUCAUCCUCGGCCCAGCCCGUGGUGGAGAUGGAACUCCCUCCUCAGCACGGUGCCCAGUUUUCAUUCUACAGUGUAACAUGGAAUAUGUCGAGCUCCUGCUUAGUAGAACAGAGGAAUCCCAUCUUCAGAGGGGGCUGGAUUUGUAUGAAAAAAGUCUGGUCAGAGUAGAGGACAACAGUUUGUCAGUGGAGCUUCUGGAGCUGAAAACCUUUGUCAGUAUACCACAGAAUUUGGUGAAAGUUAUGACGCAGUGUCCUGUCCACCGUUUGAGAAGUAAAGGACUGUCUGUGUUCCAAUUGAGCAUCAACAAAUUUAACAUUGAGGCCAAAUACAAGUUUCUUAGGUGCAUGUUUAAGACAAGUCACCACUCUGGAGUAGAAGGUGUAGUCAUCAAGAACAUUAAAAAUCUGGUGGACUUCUCCUUGAGGCCAGGAAACGAGAAUAUUUGGUUCCGAGGAAUCAAUUUUCUGCCUUUACUGCGACUGGUCCUGUGCCUUCCACAGGGUCCCGAAACAGAUUUGUUGCAAAACCUGGACAGGAUAAUGGAAGCCCUAAACCUUCUGCGAUAUUUGCUAUUAAGAGACAAAGAAUGUGACAAUGAGACGGGGAUAUGGUUGGAAGUGCACACAAUUCAUGACCGCUUCAUGAAGCCAUUACGCCUGGGUCUGAAUAUGUCUAAGGCUCAUUAUCAGGUAGAGCUGAAAAAUACUCAAGUAAAGGACAGAAACAAAGAAAAUGACUCGGGAGCCGUCUGCACGAUUACUGUGGGAAAUGAGAUUCUACCAAAUCUUACACCAGAACUACAGAUUCAGGCUCUUCAUUCUGCCUUGUUUACGUUUGAAUUGAUUGAGAGUGUCCUGGUGAGAAUUGAAGAGAUUAUGGAGACCCUACCUUAAACUGUGGAAAGAGGCCAUUAAAGCCCAAGAAUCACAUUAUGAUUAAGGUUUCUGGAAUGGAACAGAGUCAUAAAAAAAGAAAUGUUAUGAUUUGUUAAAAUUCCAAGUGUUUUCAAACUUCCUCACCAUAACUUACUAUCAGGUAAUUUGUUAAAAUCUGAAUGAAGAACCCCUGGUAAAUUCAUUGUGAUUGUGUUAAUAAACAUUGUUACCAAGA